UGAUUUUGAAGCACUUAUGUCUCCGUAGCACUCGAUUUUGAUCAAUCUCAGAGGGUCAGUAUUGCAUGAGCAUAUUUAAGUAUUACACACUUAUUAUGUUUUAGAACGAUUCCCAAGAAGCGAGAAGUUGUCUGUGAAUAAUGACGGUACGCAUCUUCCCCUGACGUUUCGAUCAAGAAAGUGUUAAUCUAGCACGGUUAGGUACUGGGAGGUAAACGAGCGCUUUAAAAAUCCCUCGUUCAUGUAGAAUCUCAUAGAUGAUUCGUGCGGUGCGAUACCAUCCCCUUCCUCGCCAUGCGAGAGAAGCUAUCCAUGAACGCGUCACGUGGAACGAGAUUGUCCGAUCGGUCGCGGGAUAAUAGAAUACGCAAAUUACUGCUGUCGGAGUACCACGAGUUCUCUGAGAUAAUUCUAGUGGAGUCGCCGUUCGCGGAGACCACGAGGAACGGACGAGGAAUUCGUCAGGUCACUUUGGGUCUUACACCGACUAAGUUGAUCGUUGCUGCCGACAUCCUUCAGACUAAUCCCGGUUUCUUUUGCCCAUCUUGUAUUGACGCCAGUAUUGAGAGCUUCGAACUCGUGUCUGUGUAUCCCUUAGAAUAUGUUACGCUCAGCGUGUUUAGGAGGAGACAUCGCAGGACUCUGAAGGCAAGGUAUACUCCUUCAGACAAAGUGAGGGAUAUAAAGUGGAUUUUUACAUUCGGUUUAUCUCAGACUUAUUGCCCUAGAUUCAUUGACAGUCGAGUUAAUUAUUACGAGCUGGGUGGUGAGCGACGCAAGGUUUCUUGGAAAAUCUGGUGUGAGCAGGUACAAAGAUUACUGGCAUACAAGACGAAUGGUAGCUCGUUGUCCGAAACGACGGCGGCGAGCUCAUCGAGCAGCAGCGCUUUAUAUUUGCUGUCGUCUGAGAUAGAAAUCAGGAGUAAUCGCGACGCGAGGUGCAAAAGAUCGAUAUUCAGAGUAUGGAAUCAUUAUGGAGGUGCCGGCGACUAUGUUGCUCCAACAUGGACCGAGAAGAAUUUGUAUCUCGGACCGCGUUACAACGAGUUGAUGAACGGCAAUUACACGCCGGUUCCGGUGAGAUUCGCUGGAGCCAGCCUAGAGGAUCUUAGAUACGAGCUGGAAGAUCGCACGCCGCGUUAUAUUGCUUGCGAGAAAUCCUGUCAUAGUUGGCCGUGUCAGACAAAGUUUGAUGGUCGGGCAAGAUUUCAACGUGCCGGCGGACUCUGUAAUGUCCUUUUCGCAAGAAGUCGCAAUGUAUGUCAUUGCGAUUACGCCGCAAGUUGCAAAAGUUCGCCUUGCAACGUCUGUCAACUGGAUAACAGUGUCGGCAUAAAUGUUCUUGGAAAGCACAACCGAUGUCACGAACGUCGAAACAUGUUUUUCGAAGACGAUUUCGUAGAGCAUUUGGAAAAUAAGUAUGGCAAACGUCAACAACAAUAUCAGAAUGAGCCGAAAGGGACUUUAAAAAUAUCGCGUUUUGGCUUCGGUGUGUCGGAGAAAUGCAAUUCCGAAUUGAUUCUGGGUCCUUAUCGCGGUGAUUCGAGCUACGAGGACGUCAUCGAUGCUCGUAAGUUGCUCGAGAACGGCGUCACAAUUUGGGAGGACAAUUGCCGAUCCUUAAAGGGUCAGAGACAUCCGCGAAGAUACGGCUUAUCUUCGGCAGCGCAUUUUUUCCAUGCGCUCGGCCCGUGGUCGGUGCAACCUGGCGAGCGAGAAUCCGUGCAGACUCUCAGGUCACCGAGUGCGGUCAACAUUCGCAAACAGCCCUCAGAUCCGGAGCUGAGACUUCCGGUUUCGCGCCGCCAGUUGACAGCCAGCAUCUCUUGCACUGCCUUGACACCUGGCGGAUCCAGUAUUAUUGGUGCUGUCACUAGAGGACGAGUGAUACUCUUCUGGACGCCAGAAUAUUGGUACAGGCCUCAGGCAGCAGUGGCUGCCUACAGAGAGCUGAGGCAUCACUUAGCGUCUCUUCAGAAUUUUCGACGCGGGAAGGAGAAGCAAUCGAAAGGAAAAUUCUUUUACCGACGAAAAAAUCGGAUAUCAAGCGAGAACGACAAUAUCGAAGUUGCGAUUACAGGAAAAUCUAGCAGUCUCUUGGACCGUGUGCUUUCUAUCAACGGCGCACGCAAACGCGAUGGAAAGACGAACAGGAACGUCAACGUCGAUGAAGGCACGGCACAAUUGCGGAGAUUGCUAAGGAUGACUCUUCGUAUCACCAUGUGGGACCUGGACAGCACUACCUUCGCCGCGCAACUCACGUCGAUCGAUCGUGAUCUCUUCGUCCGCAUUCCCACGACCGAGAUUGAGGCGCUGAUGUACCAGAGAUCGUCGCGCAACGCACCGAAUUUGGGUGCGUGGAUCGCCUUCAGUCACCGGAUCGCCUGCCUGACCGUUAGCGAGAUCCUCGCGAUUAAGCAGCUCGACAUGAGGACUAGGAUCAUGGCGAGAUUUAUCAAUGCCGCUGACAAGUGUUUUGCGCUCGGCAAUUUUCAGUCUUGCAGGUCCAUCCUGGCUGGUCUACAGGCUCCGCCGAUUUACAGGCUUUGGAAAAGCUGGUCCUAUCUGAGGACUCAUCACGCCAGCAGAUACGCGACGAUGGAGAGGUUGUCCAAAAUUUAUAAAAGCCCACGAUGUUCAAAGUAUCGAAAAAUCUGGAUCGUAGCAAAACGUAAUCCACCUUGUAUGCCAUACGUUGGUCAUUUUCUGAUGAAGGUUCUGGGAUUAAAUAGCCUGAAAGAAAUUCAAGCGAAUUUUGCACCGUUCUUCACAAAGAAACAGUUAACCGCGCGAAUUCAUGGGACUUCAGAGUCUUUAUCUAUUAAUAAUAACUUCAAUGAUCAUCACUCAAGAGAUGACAAGAAUGUAAUAGAAUCCAAGCAAUCUUUAGCUAGGCGCAUUUUUACAGCGACACUGACCAGGAUAAAAUUCACGGCCCACCAGAACGUCAUUGAUGAAACUAAGAGCGAUGUCUGGACGUGCGGGCAGCGAUAUCUUGCACGCAGGUUUUUUAAUCGUUGGCGCGUGUUUACGUUGGAGAUGAAAGUACGCUCGCAAAAUAAGAAGAAAUUGAAAAAUGCGGAUUUGAGGAGGAAACGCGUUAUCGACAUCGCGGCCUGGCUGACAGACUGCCAGAGAUUCGCGUUGGGCUACAAUUUCCCAUUAAACUCUUUUGCGUGCGAAUAUCUUCUGAAGGCGCGUUACAGAGAGGACCGCGAAAACUUCUUCAUCAGUCUCAUGUUGGAACCGCCGAGGACAACUUGAAUCUGCAUUGGCAAAUCAGAAUUACAUUAUCGACGAUUGAUGUGCAAUCGCCAAUUUUAAUUAUCAUCAUGCAUUUAUCUCGAGAGCGAAAGAGAAUCGUAAUUAUUUUAUUAUUUCGAGCGCCA